AUGAAUCAAGAUUCGUCUCAAAAUUGCACGCCACAACGCGGACCACCGGUGUGCAUUGAUCCGAGAUCACCGACCAAGGAUAUUGAUCGAACGCCAAUUCAAGUGGACAGCACGGUUUCCGAUGAGAACAGCCCACGAGGAACGCCGAUGGAGGCUGGUAAGCCGAAAAGAAGAAGUCUUCGACAGAAAAUGUUCGCUAAUAAGAAAAAGAGUCUGGAUAACGAUGAAUUGACAAAGAAUGAUUAA